AUGACAGCAUCUUCAACUAUAUCAGAGGGAUCUACUAUAUUGAUUUCAGGGGCUACGGGAUUUAUUGGAGCACAUUGCGUCGGGCAAUUGCUUCAGAAGAAUUUUAAAGUGAAAGCUUUGUCGAGGUCUCUCGAAAAAUAUGAAAUGUUAAAAGCAGAAGUUCCGGAUACGAAAAGACAUUUGUUAACUUGUGUCCUUCUUUCUGAUAUAUUAAAAUAUGAUGACUUACUAAUAGCUGUCAAAGAUUGUGAUGGAAUUUUACAUUUAGCGUCACCAUUUACUUACAGCGUUACUGAUUUUCGCAAACAAUUGAUGGAACCAGCUGUAAUAGGGACUACCAACAUAUUGAAAGCUGCUUUGUUGGAACCAAAGAUCAAGAAGGUUGUUAUAACAUCUUCCUUUGCUGCAGUCUAUGACUCAAGCAAAGGUGAACAACCAAACACCGUCCUAACAGAAAAGGAUUUUAGCCCGUUGACUUGGGAAGAUGGAAUCAGCACAAAAGAUCCUAAGGUCGCCUAUAGGGCUUCAAAAAUUGUCGCUGAGAGAGCAGCGUGGGAUUUUCUAAAGAGGGAAAACCCCAACUUCAGUAUUUCAGUCUUAUGUCCUACCAUGGUUUUCGGGCCCCUCUAUUCUAUCAGGCUCCUUAAAUCAGUAAGUGAGUUGAAUUUUAGCAAUACUAUAAUUUGGAAGGUUCUAAAUUCUAGCUCAAGUGAAGACCUGAUACCUCCUACUAGGGGACCAGUUUGGGUCGAUGUUAGGGACUUAGCGCUUGCCCACGUUCGGGCUCUCGUUGAGCCAAUUGCUGCUAAUCAGAGAUACUUAGUAUCUGCUGGGAAUUACGACAACCAGGAAAUUGCUGAUAUCUUAAGAGAAGCGUCAGAUUACGCAAAUCUUUGUCAUAUUCCAAUCGGUAACCCUGGAGAAAGACUAGCCAGCACACACUUUGCCACAGAUUCAUCCAAAGCAACUCAAGAAUUGGGUAUUCAAUUCAGGCCAUUAAAAGAUUCUGUUAUAGAUAUUUCAAAACAAUUAUACCAGUUUAUAGAGAAUGAAAUCAAAUAA